UAAAAGGCUCUGGGCUACCUGGGUGACCACCAGACAAGCCAAGCAGAAUGGGAACUUUAUAUCAAGAAUCUUCCCUGCACAGAUCCCUUCGUUUGAGCAUGGGAGGAUUUUGUGUUUCUGAUUACAUAAAGAGAUUCACGGCCAAAGAUAAGCCCGAGGAGAGUGGUGCAAAACCUAAGCAUGUGCUUAGUAACAGAGGAACCCAAACUGAAAGCAAGAAGCCUCUGGAAGAGACAAAAAGUGGGAAAAAGCUGGAUGAAAACAAGGGAGCAGGUGAGAAGGUGAACACUUCUGGUGCUGUAGCCCACAAAGGUGACUCCAAACCCCAAGUUAAGGAGAGGACAGCACAGCAGCAAGUGGUAGAAGGUGCUGUCAAAACACACAGCAGUAAAAGCUUUCAACAAAAGGACACUGGUGUCAAGGCUUUGAAUCAACACAAUGGUCUUCCCUUCAUACAUGAAGAUCACGUAGGCAACCAAAAUGUUCCUGCUAAAGCACAGAAUGUGGACAGAGCCCCAUGCCCAGAUGAGUGCCACAGGCAGCUUGUGCAUCAGAAACUCGGGAAGAAUGAAAACAAACCUCGACCAUCGAGUGUGGCAUCCCGGGAAGCUGCGCCCUCCACAUCCCAGGCUAUAUCUGACACGGGGCAUGAGGUGACACAUACCAGGAUAUCCAUCAGUGUACAUAUGACUGACAUGAAAGAAAAGAUUGAGAUGGCCAAGGAAAGAAAUGUAAGUGAUCACAGAGGUACAAGUCCCAAAGUAAAACCCCCAUCCUCUACACCAGCAGAUUUGAAAGGAGUCAAACAGCUGCCUGACAAAUUAAAGCUUCAACAGAGUCCUCAAAACAUCAGCACUGAGCCAAAUCUAGAAGUUAAAGGGGACAAUAAGCAAAAUGAACUUAAACCUCAAACAGGAAAGCAACAGCCAUUACUGAGCAAGCCCAAACCAGGUAAAAAGGCUGAAGAGAAAUCAGAAUUAAAAUGCGAGCCCAAAACCUCACGGAAUAACUCUGCAAAGGAGCCUGUGAACGAUGGGAGGGUAGAAGUGAAAAUCCAUCAGGAAACAGUAAAAGCAGAAGAAUCCCCAAAAGAUACCGAGUCUGAGAGGAGAGAAUCUGAGUCUGCAUCUUCAGGAGGAAGAGGAAAUGAUGUUCAUCAGUGCCCAGGAGUGGCACCAGAGAAGAGUGAGGCACUGGAAGGUGACAGAGCUCUUCCCACGCAGGGUGAAGUGAUCAUCGAUGACAGUCCUUCUCCUCCAGCGCCUUUCGAACAUCGCAUUGUGAGUGUCAAGCAAACGGAGGUGACAACGAGCUACUCAGUGUGUCGGCAUGAGGUGCUGGGGGGGGGGCGUUUUGGGCAAGUCCACAAGUGCACGGAAAUAUCGACUGGUCUCAACCUGGCAGCCAAAAUCAUCAAAGUGAAAGGAGCCAAAGAGAAGGAGGAAGUAAAAAAUGAAAUUAACAUCAUGAACCAGUUGAAUCACGUGAAUCUGAUCCAGCUUUAUGAUGCUUUUGAAGCCAAAAAUAGUGUCACUUUGAUCAUGGAAUAUCUCGAUGGUGGCGAAUUAUUUGACCGGAUCACAGAUGAAAACUACCACCUGACUGAGUUGGAUGCCAUCCUGUUCACCAAACAGAUCUGUGAAGGAGUGCACUACUUGCACCAGCAUUAUAUUCUCCAUUUAGACCUGAAGCCUGAAAACAUACUGUGUGUAAAUCACACAGGAAACCAGAUUAAAAUUAUUGACUUCGGAUUAGCAAGGAGGUACAAACCCUGUGAGAAACUGAAGGUUAAUUUCGGGACUCCAGAGUUCUUGGCCCCUGAAGUGGUGAACUAUGACUUUGUUUCCUUCCCAACGGACAUGUGGAGUGUGGGGGUCAUCACAUACAUGUUGCUUAGUGGCCUGUCCCCGUUCCUGGGAGAAACUGAUGCAGAGACAAUGAAUUAUGUGCUCAACUGCAGCUGGGAUUUUGAUGCAGAAGCAUUUGAACAGCUCUCAGAGGAAGCUAAAGACUUUAUUUCCAGACUACUCGUGAAGGAGAAAAGCUGCCGGAUGAGUGCAACUCAGUGUCUGAAACACGAGUGGCUGAACGACCUUCCUGCCAAGGCCAAGAAGUCCAAGCUGCGCCUCAAGUCCCAGUUGUUGCUGCAGAGUUACAUGGCUCAGAGGAAAUGGAAGAAACAUUUUUAUGUGGUGGCUGCUGCUAACAGGCUGAAGAGACUUCAGAGUAUGUCUGUCAAGCUUGCAUAAGGUUGUGUGAAGCAUCCACCACUCUUGGAGAUGGUCACGAAGCCAUGAAAGAAGGACUCAGUAUCUUCAAUAAUUUCUACCCCUGUUUUAUAACAUACGGUUUUGGGACUGUCCUCCUCAAUUAUUUUGUGUGUUAGUGCUAAGGUGCCAGAAGUGCUCCAAGGAAGAGGCACUGAAAUAAUGAUUUCUAAAAGCAGAAGCUACUUUGUUUGUUUUUUUCAAGUUUUGAGUUGUUGUAAGUAGUGGUGGAAAAACGUGGCUGUCACUGGGGCUGACUUCUUGCUGAAGGCUUUGAUUCUGCAGAGUGGUGUUUACACCACAAAACCCCUGGUCAGUUUUCUGGUUUCUCACACCAAGCAUGGGAUCUCUGAAGACUUUCUUACUGAGUGAUGGAUGUUAUUUUUAGAGAAUUGCUACAACAGUGGCACAACUUCUCUGUCAGGUGUUUGUUACUUAGAACAAAAGAUAACUGAUACCCUUUUCUUCUGCAUUUCUUUCAGAAAGAUUUUAUUUUCCCCUCCCAACAUGAUAGGUUUGAGUGGUUUUGGUUUGUUGGUUUGUUGCUGUUUUUUGGUUUUUUUAAUCUACUCUCUCCUUUAGAAAAAUAAUCACUGCAUAGUUAGGAACUAUGAGGAAUCCUGGUUUGAAGCAAUUUAAGUUGGUCCAUGAUGCUGUUUCUUAUGGCAAGUGGAAUUGAGCUGAACUGAUUGAACUUCUGGAAGGACAUACGUGAAACUGCCACAAAUACAAAUCAUGUAAUGACCACUGGGUCUGUGCAAGAGAUUUCCAGAUACAGUUUUGUAUAUCUUUAAAACUUUUAAGUGCUUCUUAUUGGCUGUGACUGCAGCCCUUAAGUUUUCAAGUUUUAGUUUGAGGAUUUUUUCUCCUCUCUGAAAAUUUUAAUGAAGCCUGAGAAGCUGAUAUGGUGUGACAUGCAAAAUAGGUUUUAUUUCUAAUAGGUUCAGUGACAGGGAUGUGUUGUCAGACUCUGCCUUUAGUCCAGUUAGGAGGUUGAAGCCCUUUUUUUCUCCCCACUUUGCUCUUGAACAUUAAAUGUUUUCUUCACGGUACUAACUUAUUUUGGAUUUUAAACUUUUUUUUUCUGAUGUAUAGAGUGGGAACCACUUAAAAUCUCUCAGAUAGAAGUAUAAAAUUAUUUAUUAAACCUGUGGUUUCCUGUUGUAGAUUCUGCAAAACUCAGCGUGAGCUGGAUGGGUUCUUAGGAGAAAUGGAAACUAAUACCAUUAAAACUAUCAUCCCAGCAAAGGCAUCUGUAAAGCUUCCUUGAACUUUAUGGAAUUUCACAUCCUUUGAAUUAGCAGAAGUAGUGUUUGUUCCUAAUGAAGAGGUCUGUAAGACUGGCUUAUCCCAGUUUAGUUAUCUUUUCCACUCAGCUGCUUCUCACUUUGUACAGUCUCGACUUCUGCAGCAUUUCCAGAACUGGGACAAAGAAGAAUUAUUAAACCCAAAUCAGACAAUCUUGAUAAUUUAUCACCUUCUAUGAAGGUCCACUUUUGUUCAUAUUUUCCUUCCACAGCAGUUCUGCAUAUUAAAUGUGAUUAUAUUCAUUGGUCUGUAUAUUUCUGAAUUAAUACUAAUAAAUUUCAUGAAAGUGGAACAAGCCUA